UGACACUUCACCGGCGGAAUAAAGCAAACACCUGCCACCGCGCAGACUUUCAACAACACGGAGACUUGCAGCGUGGAGCUUACGUGACAAGAAGACGAACACAUCUUCUGUUUUGUAUUCAAAGUGGCAAACGCUGGCGAUAUUGUCACGCAAACUGCAAAACACAUCUUGACUUUUGUUGCCUUUAUCUCCUCAACUGUCUAGAAAGAUAAGAGCUUAGAAGUAUCCUGAGGAAUUACGUGCACAAACUGCAACUUUUAUCGCCGAUUUUUGGACUGACUGACACGCCCCAAAAGUGAGAAUUCAAAAGGCUAGAGCUAUAAAAGCUCUUAUGUUUUUAUGAGAAGGGUUUGGACGGAUUUCAGAAAUUCAGUAAGGCACGAACUGUGCUCACAAAGACGGUAAGGAAUGUAACGAUAGCAUCUCACCUGCGCCUCAAGACACCAAAUACACGGAGCAACAGACCGACUAAAACACAAGACCAGCGAAUCAGGUUGCCUGCAAAUGGGUCUAACUAUGAGAGUAAUGGAAACAAGACUCCUCCUGUUGCUGUUGGCUUUGUUUGUGUUUGAAGUGGCCUGCACACAUCGCUCUGCUCCCAGAGUACACCUGGCUUUUAAAGAACUUAUGGACACUCGAACAGCAAGGCCAUUCAGUUUCUCCUUCAACACCAGUGACUACCGGAUCUUGCACGUUGACCCAGACCAGGGGCGGUUGUACCUGGGCAGCCGUGAAUAUCUGGUCUCUCUGGACAUGCAAAACAUCAACAAAGAGCCUCUCAUUAUCCACUGGCCGGCUCCAGCUCAGAGAAAGGGAGAGUGUCAGAUGACUGGGAAAGGCAGGCAUGGAGAGUGUGCUAACUUUGUGCGUCUGAUCGAGCCUUGGAAUAGGACUCACCUGUACACCUGCGGCACAGGAGCUUAUAAACCCAUCUGCACCUUCAUCAACAGAGGCUGGAGAGCUGACGACUAUCUCUUCAGACUGGUUCCUGGAUAUGUGGACUCUGGAAAGGGAAAAUGUUCUUAUGAUCCAAACCAGGAGAAUGUCGCAGCCCUGAUUAAUGGAAACCUGUACGCUGGAGUGCCUGUGGACUUCAUGAGCACCGAUCCAGGCAUCUUCAGGACCAUGGGCAGCCGGCCAGCUGUGAGAUCAGAGCAGUACGACUCUAGAUGGCUGAAUGAGCCUGUAUUUGUUCACAUGAAACAGAUUCCUGACAGCGCCGAGAAGAACGACGACAAACUCUAUUUCUUCUUCCGUGAGAAGAGUCUGGACUCAGGGGCAGGAGCGAGUCCAAGUGUGCUGGCCAGAGUGGGCCGGGUGUGCCUGAAUGAUGAGGGCGGACAGAAGUCACUUGUGAACAAAUGGACGACUUUUCUGAAGGCCAGGCUGGUGUGCUCUGUGAUGGGCGAUGAUGGGGUGGAAACCUUCUUUGAUGAACUGAGGGACAUGUUUAUCCAACCCACCCAGGAUGAACGAAACCCUGUGGUGUAUGGCGUCUUCUCAACUUCUGGCUCUGUGUUUAAAGGCUCAGCUGUGUGUGUCUACUCAAUGGCUGACAUCCGAAAUGUCUUUAAUGGCCCUUUCGCCCAUAAACACGGACACAACUACCAAUGGACUACAUACACAGGGAAGAUUCCCUAUCCUCGUCCGGGAACCUGUCCAGGAGGCACAUUCACACCGGGUCUUAAGUCCACAAAAGAGUUCUCCGAUGAAGCGGUUAACUUCAUUCGUGCUCAUCCUCUCAUGUACCACCCCGUGUAUCCCAUUCACAAGCGCCCUCUGGUGGUGCGCUCUGGUGUAGACUAUCGCUUUACUACAAUUGCUGUGGAUCAGGUGGAUGCUGUGGAUGGCCGAUACGAGGUUCUCUUCCUGGGAACAGAUCGUGGUACAGUCCAAAAAGUUAUAGUUCUGCCCAAGGAUCCCACCACAAUGGAAGAGCUCACUUUAGAGGAAGUGGAAGUUUUCAGGACACCUGCUCCUGUCAAAACAAUGUACAUAUCAGCCAAAAGGCAACAACUGUAUGCAUCUUCAGAAGCAGGUCUUACCCAGAUGUCCUUGCACCGUUGUGGAGUCUAUGGAAAGGCCUGUUCGGACUGCUGUCUGGCCAGAGACCCCUACUGCGCCUGGGAUGGAGAAAACUGCUCUGCCUUUACACAAGCCACCAAAAGGAGGAGCAGAAGGCAGGAUGUUAAACAUGGUGACCCUUUGCGUCAGUGCCGGGGCUACAACGCUAAAGUGGAGAGGAGACUGCAGGAGAAAGUUCAGUUCGGUGUUGACGGUAGCAGCACAUUUCUGGAGUGUGUGCCGCGCUCUCCUCAGGCCACUAUUAAAUGGCUCUACCAGAAGGAGGGAAGACGAAAAGUGCUGAAUCGAGAGGGAGAGGUUCUUAAGACUCCUCAGGGGGUUCUUCUGAAAACGCUCACCAAAGCAGACGCAGGCCUCUACCAUUGCCUGGCCACAGAAAAUAACUUCAAACACACGCUGGCUCGUGUUUCCUUGCGCAUCCUGGACCGGGACAUUGCUGUAGCCCUCACCACCCCUGAUGAGGAAGAAGAGGCAUCGAGGAGCCGUCACAAACACCAUCAACAGGACCCUGCAGCUCCUACCCCAGCACUCCUGCUGGAGCCUGAAAUGCGUCUGAUUCAGCAGUACUGCCAGUCCUACUGGGAGCAGCUGACGGCCGGCGGAAACUCACAGGCUGACCUCCCCAAACGUGCAAAUCGCAGACACACAGAAGCACUGAAGGCUAGUGGGGAGUGAGGAGGACAAGAUAAGAGAGUGACCUGUCUGUCACCUUGCUCCGAGCAGUUCAUGGACUUGCAUAAGUUAGUUUAUGUGCAGUGGCACCAAAAAGUAUUUGGACAAUUUUGGACAUUUUUAUACUGUUCAAAAUGCACUUAAAAUUAGACCUAAAAUGAAAAUGUAUUCAUUUAAAGGGUUAGUUCACCCAAAAAUGAAAAUUAUCCUGUUAUUUACUCACCCUCAAGCCAUCCUAGGUGUAUAUGACUUUCUUCUUUCAGACCAAUCCAAUCGGAGUUAUAUUAAAAAUUGCCCCGACUCCUGUAAGCUCUAUCACAGUCAGCGGGUGUUUCUGUUGCAGAGUCCAAAACACGUCAAAUAAAGUGUGCGAAUCCAUAAAAAAAAAAGUGCCUCACACGGCUCUGGGGGAUGAAUAAAGGCCUCCUGUUGCGAAUCCAUGCGGUUUUGUAAGAAAAAUAUCUAUACUUCAAUCAUAAUAAACACAUCUCUCUCACAUCAUCUAACUGUCGCACGCGGAAACCCAUUCCGGUGGAUGACGUCGGCGUUGCGUGAUUAGUGACGAAUGCGGAGAGAAAACAAAACAAAACGCCGGUCAUGAAUUAGAAGAACAAAAUGAGGAUUUGUAAAGCAAAAUGUCGGAGGAUUUCGAUAUAAGCCAAUUGGAGACUUGUUUUCAUUUGCUAAAGUAAGGAAACUUUGCUUCCUUUGCUCCUGUAAACAACAUGUGCAUGUGACACUCAUUGCACCGGUGUCCUACGUCAUCCGCCAGAAAGGCAGUCACCGUGAACGUGCGUACGACAGAUAGCGGAAGUUACACAAUACUGUUUAUAUCGUUUUAAAAGUGGAUUAUUUUAUUUUUUACAAAAACGCAUGGAUUCGCUACAGGAGGCCUUUAUUCAUCCCCAAGAGCCGUGUGAGGCACGUUUUUUAUGGAUUCACUUUAUUUUGGACUCUGUAACAGAAACACCCGCUGACUGCAAUGAUAGAGCUUAGAAGAGUCAGGACAAUUUUUAAUAUAACUCCUAUUGGAUUCGUCUGAAAGAAGAAAGUCAUGUACACCUAGGAUGGCUUGAGGGUGAGUAAAUAACAGAAUAAUUUUCAUUUUUGGGUGAACUACCCCUUUAACUACCUGCAUGAGAUAAUUCUUGGAACAGUGGCCCCAAAAUUUAUUUGGACACUUUUGGACAAUUAAAAAUGAUUUAAUUAUGAUCAUUUUUGGACACUUAAAAAUCAAUGCAUUUUCACGGUUUUCAAAAUGAACCAAAUUAACUGAAUUAAUACAUUCAUGAACAGUGGCUCCAAAUAAUUGGACUUUUUUUUUUUUUUUUUUUUUGAACAUAAAAAUGAAUACAUUUUUGUUCAAAAUUAUUUUUUAAAAUAGUUAUUUUUUAAACACUGUCCCCAAAAAGAAUUCAAAAUGAAUUUUCACAGUUUGAACACAAUUGUUUUUAAAUGUGGCGUGUUGAUAUUUUGUCAUCAAAUUUAAGAACAUUCACCCUAAAAAUAAAAUGUCCAAGUCCUUUUUGGGAUCAUUGUAUGUAAUCAUACAUUCGUUGUUCAUUCACUGAUCCAAAGUUUGAAAUAAGUGACCAUUCAUCUGUUGUACUGGGUUUGUAGUCGGUGUUAAUUUAGGACUUACCGUUUCCACUCGCUACAGUGAUUUGUCUGCAUUUCAGUAUUAUAAACAGAUGUAAACUUUUACUAACCUCACAAAUUAAGCUGUAAAUGACCUUCAGGAUUCAGUAAUUACAUAAUGGGUUUAAUUAACAUAAAAAAUCAAUCAAUAAACCAUAAAGCACCUUUAAAGAGGAUAUUAUUACCUCAUAAGCUUUGAAAACGUUCCACUAUCCUGUUGUCAGAAAGCCCCUUUGUUAAAUCACCAGUCAUUGGGCCAGUGCAAUUUCUUAUGUUCCACCUGGAUUAUGAAAUUGUCAAAGUAAUUUAUGUUUGUAUGUUUAAUAGUAAUAUAUGUAUGGAUUCUAAUAACUGGUUUAAUAAUGGCACCAAACAUUUGCAAGAACUCACUUGCCUUCAUGUCUGUGUGACUGUGGCUGUUUCUCACCAUUUGUAAUAUAUAUUUAUUUGAAGUUGUAUAUUUUUUUAUGGGAUGGUCUUUGAGGAUACUGAAUAAGGGUGGAGGGCAUUUUUGCAUGAUUGAGGAAUUAGAUAUGUUGUCAUAUUUAUUUAAAUACAUUCAAAAUGACUGACACUGUUUAGGAAAUAGCACUUUUAUGCUGUGCAUUUCGUGCUUUGUGUCUGGUUGAGCAAUUACUGUUCAAGUGAAUACAAUUGUCAUAUGAGUUCACUCAGAUAAUAUCUAACACUGGAAAUAUUUCACAAUAUUUGUGUCCUUUUUUAGUUGAAUGGUAGAAUAGUCUGGUUGUAAAUUACAAUACUCAGUCUUGCUCUUAGAUGUUGUCUUGUAUGAGAUAAAAAAAAAUAAACAAGCAAUAAUUUGUGAUUCACUUUUCAA